AUGGCGACGCGAUCAGAGGCCAGUGCCAAAGCCGCAAUCCGAGAGAUUACUACCGAUCAUCCUCAUGCCGACAUUCACUUUCUACAGCUCGACCUAGCCCAGCUCACCUCGGUGCAAAGAUGCGCCGAGGAGUUUUUGUCGAAAGAGUCCAGGCUAGAUGUUCUCCUCAACAAUGCCGGGAUCAUGGCAACACCUUACAUGCACACCAAGGACGGCCUGGAACUCCAGUUCGGAACCAAUGUGAUGGGUCACUAUUUGCUCACGAUGCUUCUCCUACCAACGCUCAUCAAGACCUCUUCCUUACAUGAACAUACUCAUGCAGGAUCAGCUACAGUCCGUAUCGUUCAAAUUGCAAGUGUGGCACACAAGUUUGCGUCAUCGGAUACUUCCUUUGAACAUCUCGACGCAGUGAACAAGCAGCAUUGGCCCGAGUUUAAGGGGACCUGGAAUCGAUACGGUAAGAGCAAGACAGCCAACAUCUUGAUGGCAAACGAACUACCCAAGUACUUCCCGGCCGGCGCUCGGGUCAGGUCGCUUUCCCUCGAUCCCGGCCAUGUGCGUACCGGCCUGCGACGUGCACCUGCCGAAUCGCUUGGUUUCAUCGGGCCCCUCCUGCUCAAGGUUGCCAACGCUGUUUCAGUCGCUCCUGAACAGGGCGCCCUAACGCAGCUGUACGCAUGUACGUCGCCAGAAGCUGAUCGCCUUGGCCGCAAUGAAACGUAUCUGGUGCCAGUUGCCAAGCUGGGAAAGAAGUCGCCACUGGCGGCGGACAGCCGCGGCGUCCUCGGUGGCGAUCUGUUUAGGUUCUGCAACCGUUUCAUCAAAGAUAAACUUGGCCUUAGCGUCACAAGCUAUCUCUCUCAAGCUGGAGUCACAACACCUGCCGAGCAUUGCGAAACGAACGACUCAUGA